AUGAAACGGCUUUGUGUGUAGGUAACUCUUGGUAGAUAAUGCCGAAGUUGUGUAUGUAAAGCUAUUUAGUCUGUAGCUACAUUUAAUUUAAAACUGUUUCACACAAAUGGAUAUUUUGGGUACGCUGGAUGUCAGAUGGGCACAAGGUUUUACAAGCCAGAAUGUUGAAUUUAUUGAUAACAAAACUGCCUGUUACAUCUGUGGCAGUUACAUAGUUUUCCUUGAUAUUGAGACCAAGAAGAGGCGCGUGCUGCAGAGUCCCGGUCGGGGCAUAGGCGCUUUUGCAGCCAACGGCUUGUCCAAAACGCUGGCCUUCUCUGAGCGGAAACCCAGCCCCUCCAUAUUUGUGUACAGCUACCCAGAGCUCGUUCAGAAGAGUGACCUAAAAGGCUCAGCCAAACUGGAGUAUGCCGCACUGGCGUUGAGCAGGACUGGCCCUUAUUUAGCGUGUCUCUCUGGCGUCCCAGAACACACCCUAACAAUAUGGAACUGGGAGAAGGAGACCAUUAUCUGUGCUGAUCCCAACGCUGGGAGAGAAGUCAUUCAUUUGAUGUUUAAUCCCAUGAACUGGCAGCAGAUCUGUGUUUCUCGCACAUCAUCCAUCACCGUUUGGACCAUUGAAAGCUGUGGCAGCCUUAAAAUAAUGACAUCGAGCGAGAUCAGUCUCCCAGCAGCCGACGGCUCGGUGCAGGAGGCGGACGUCCGGCUCUGCCACAAUCACAACGAGAACCCCAAUUACUACGGCCCCCAGAUGCCCAUCGUGGCCAUCGCUGGCCUUAAAGGGGACCGGGCCGAAGGAUUUGUGCCCAAGGCGAAGAUGAAGGAGAAGUUCUACCCGAGCUGCGUGUGCUGGACGGCCUCCUCUGACCUGUACGUGGGCUGCAGGCAGGGCCACCUGCUGCAGGUGCACCUGGAGAGUCGCAGUGUUUCUGUUCUCCUCAGCCCCCAGAUAGACCCGGAACUGGCAGAGACUGACAGAGGAGCACACCUGCAGGAGGGCAGUCUGCAGAGCAUUGCACUGCACAGAGACGGACUGUUUGCUGCAGGAAAUGAUGCCGUUUUACGCUGCUUACAAAUUAAGGGCGACAACGUGGGUGUAACGCAGCUUUGGGAAUUAGGAGAGCCAGUGGUGAACACGGCCUUCUCCCCCGACGGCCAAAUUUUGCUUCUGUCAUCCAGUAAUGGCAGUGUUUACAGGUACAGAACAGUUCAGCCGCAGCAGAUGGAGAAGGUUCUGGAUGUUCUCGCUGGAAACUUUGUGGCUGCAGCCUCACUGUAUACCGAUAAGAACCUCUGUGUGUCAGUGAGAGACUCUGGAGUUCUCCAGCUUUGGUCUGUAGAUGAUGAGUCACACAUCAGCUCCAUCUCUCUGCAAGUUCAGGUGACCAGCCUGGCAUGCUGCCCCGUCGCCCAGCUCGCUGCCGUGGGAACGGACACCGGGCACGUCCUCUUCAUCGAUCUGACGUCCGAGAAACAGCCACGCGUUGUUCACCGGAUACACCUCCACCACGUACCCGUGUCUCAGCUCAAUUUUGACCAUGGAGGAAACUUUCUUCUCACAGGGGCUUCUGAUUCAAACAUAUUUGUCUUGGAUGCUCGGCCUUCUAAGAUGUUUGAGGUCAUUGGAUUUGCAGAGGCAGGGGGCGCUGUGCUGGGCCUGUCCACGCUGUGUAACCGUGGCGAUAAGCGCGUGCGGGCGCUGGCUCUGUGCGCCGCGGCGAUGGGCACGCAGCUGGAGGGAGGGGACCGGCUGCUCGUUCUCUCCCUUCCCGUCCAGGAGCUCACAGGAUCGACGAGCUGUGCAGACCCACACGGCCGUCUGUCGGACAAACUCCUGCAGAAAAUCCCCUGUGAGGUCCCCCACCCCAUCUCCUCGGCCGUCCUGGGACCCGACAACAAGAUGUUCGGCUACUGCCACGCCACAAAAACAUUGCAGCGCUUCCAGAUCCCAGAGGGUUCGGGCUCUCCGAGCGGGAGCGUCAUCCGGCUGACCCCGGAACAGGAAGUGGAGGGUCACCCGCUCGGCCCCGCCUCUCUCCUCCUGUCCCCCCACCGGCUCUGGCUGGCGUCGGUCGGCAGGGACGGGCUCCUUCGAGUUCGGGACGCGUCCCGUAUCGAGCGGUGUGUGCAGAUGCAGUGUCACGCCUGCUGGGCGGACGGGGCCGGGGCGGUGUCCUUCAGCGCGGACGGUCAGACCCUCGUCACCACGGGCGUGGAGGACGGGUCCAUGGUCUGCGUGCGGCUCAGAUUGGAGACGGAAGGUUCCAGAAAAGCGUCUGAAGCAGCUCAGCAGGGGCAGUCCCUGCUGGUCGCUCUGAAGACCCUGCAGGGCGCGGAGAACCCCGUUCUCAGCCAGCUGCCCGAGUGGAACCGGGACGUCCCGUCCAGGACCGAGGCCAGACGCAGAAUAGAUGUGACAGAGCAGGAUGAGAGCUACAGCAGCGCUUCCUCCUCAGCCGUGACCUCUGACCCCACCUGGCUGGACAACAAGCAUGAGGAGGCGCUGAGAAAGGAGAGUCAGCAGUACGCCCAGUCCAAGAGGAGCCUGAGAAGAGAAGUCAGGCAGCUGCGGGACACGAUCCAAGCGAUGAUGCGGGAGAACGAGACGCUGUCGGACAUGGAGAGGCUGGAGCCCCAGGAGUUCAACCUGGACAUGGACGCGAGGAUGAGGCUGCUGGCCGAGGCCGAGGAAGAGGUCACCAAGGUACGCACGGAGGCCGAGCUGGAGGACCUCGCCAAGGCCUACCUGUGCGAGGUCAUCAAGAGGGAAUGCUGGGAUUCCAUGAAGGUCAAAGGGAAAGCCGUCAAGGCCUUCCAUACGGAUAACGAGGUGAAGAACUAUCCCAUGAAGGCCAGGUCUCCCCAGGAGCUGGAGGAGAUGGAGCGGGUGCACACCAUGAGGAAGAUCGAGCACGAAGACCGCAGACUCCAGCAUGACAUCGUGGAAAAAAAAGCUGGCUCUCCCAAAGCAGAGGAUGAGAAUGAGGAGGAGGAGGAGGGCGAAAAUAAGAAUGAAGAGGAGAACGAGCCAGAGGCCGAGAAAGAGGAAGAGGAAGAGAAAGAGAAAGAGGAGGAAAAGGAGAAGAAGGGCGAGGAGGAGGAAGAGAAAGUGGACCAGGAGAGCCCGGCGCUAAUGGGUAGCCUCAGCGCGGAGUACGGCGGGGCUAACUCCUACCUGUACAGCCAGUUCGACCUGCACGUCCGGGAGGAGAAGAUCAACCAGAUCACCCUGCUGCAGGACGUUAUUUACAAGGUCAAGACCGCCUUCAACAGGGAGUUUGAGGCGGUGCACAAGCAGAAGGUGCAGGAGAUCAACCGGGUGAAGGAGAAGAACCGGAGGAUCAGGGAGAUCAUGGAGGAGCUGGAGGUGGAGGAGGAGCUGUGGGAGCCCAGCCUGACGGACAGCGAGCGGCCCGAGCAGGCGCUCAGCGUGGCCGAGAGCGAGAUCAAAGUGGAAAAGUACCUGAGCGCGGAGCAGAGGCAGAAGGAAGAGGAGUCGAAGAAAGCGGACGAACAAAGACGGCAGGCCGCCAAGGCGGACAACAUCCGCGAGAGGGCGCUUGAUGACAUGAUGGACGGAGUGCUGGAGAUGAAGAAAGAGGGCAUUUUGAAAAUGGCGGUUCAGCAGCCGGAGUUCAUGUCCAGGCCUGAGGAGGAGUGGACCGAGGAGGAGAAGAAGAGUCUGAAAGAGCACGAGAAGAAAGUGAAGGAGCUGAGCGAAGAACAGGAAAAACAUCGAAAGACUUUGGAGACUGAAAUGAAGAAACUGCAGUCGGCCAUCCAGGAGGGCACUCACAGUUUUGAUGAAGUCCUUACCCGACUGUUUGAGAGGAAAGUGAACUGUGAAAUGGUUAUCUACCAGGAAGAGCUGAAGCUUGUCAAUCUGGCCCAGUCUCUUCUGAUGGAAGAGGAGGUCCACCACAGCGAGGAGCAAUUUGGCUAUAAGCUCGAAGAAGCAAUGGCCUUAAAGAGUGAGAUUGGAGAAAAGAUACACAAGUACAGGAGCGUUGUGGAUGCCUUCCGGGAGACCUACGAUAACGCUGUUGCAGAAGACAAACUGCUUGACCGAGGCUUCAGGAAAGAGUUUGCCGAUGUUCCUGUCCAUAUGGUCGAUCAGCUGUACAAAUUAUACAAACGCAGACCAAGGGUGCAGAGGAUCCGGGCUCAGACGGACGACGUCAGUUCUCUCCGCUCCGCCAGUGAAGGAGCGUCUCAGAUGAUGAGGGCCAUGGAGGAGCUCGACCGGAAGGAGAACAUGCCGGAAGACCUAGACCCAUCCGUUUGGCAGCGUUUCUGCCAGUCCAGGAGAACCAAGGUGGAGAGUGAGCAACGGGUGAAGCAGAAGGCCCUGGAACUGGCCGAGAUGCAGGCGUUCUUGCAAAGGAGAAUUAGUGAAGAGGAGAGCGUCAAAACUAAGAUAACCAGUCUAAUGGGUGAUUUGAAUAGUCUUCGUGAGGAAAAGAUGGUGUUCCAGCUGGACCUGAUGGUGCAGAUGCUUCUCAAGCAGGGCCAGGUGGAGGUGGAGACGGGCAGAUUCAUUCCAGAUUUCUCUGACUCAGAGCUCAUUCACAGGAACGUGGUGGAGGAACUGAAUGGGACAAUCAGGUCUUUAGGAGAUCAGAAGAUCUCCAGCAUGGUGGAGAUUAAGGACUUUCGGAAGGGCAUCAUCCAGCAGGAAUGGGAGUACAAACGGAUGAAAAUGCUCCUGGAAGACCUCACCAAUAAGGCCCGGGACAUCCAGAUGCUCCGGGUCACCCUGGAGCUGCAAGAGUACCUGAAUGCAACAGAUCAUGACAACCGUGUGUCAAAACAGAUUUCGGAUGUAGAAAAAAGAAUUGUACUGCAUGAAAAGACUCAUAACAAGGAUGUGAGGACUACCAAAAAGAUGAUGGAAGAUAUGGAAAGACACGUAGCUCGCAAGGUAGAGCAAAAUGUGUUGCUGGACCAGCAGAUAGCAGACCUGAAGGUGACGGUGGCGGAGAGAAGGCACAUCUGCGAAGCCGUAGCCCUGGAGCAGGCCCAGCAUGGCAGCAGUGGGGGACGGUACCAGGAGAUCGUGGACAGGAAGAGACUGAUGGACCAGGCCAAAGACCAGGCCAGUGAGCUGACUCAACUGAGGGCGGAGGUGGACAAGCUGAGGAGGAAGACUUUCCCAGCACUCAUCAUAUAACAGCAAGGGCAUCACUGGUUAUGUCCUUCAUUUAGUCACAAAUGUACUAUGCUUUCAUCACAUUACUCAUUCGUCAAUCCAUUAUAAAAUAGUCGUGGUGAACAGUUUCAGUAAAUUCAACUGUAAUGGAAUUCCACAAUGUUAACAAUUAAAUGCAUCAAGUUUA